AUGUGCUUGUCUCGGAGAGACUUCGAAAUCCGGCCUUCGCCGACUGCCACAGGUAUAAGCUGCGCUUCGGUUAAAAUUAACAGUACGCAUGCGCCAUCUCCCGAAACAACGCGAUAAAACGCACCGGAAGCCCCGCCGGAGAGACGAAAAAAAAGGUUAACUUGUAGAAUCUCUACCUAUAUUCAGAGGUGCCAAACAACAAACAAACCGCACAACCGAACAUUGGAAGCGUGACAAAACGUCGAAAGACGGGGUGGUUUGAGGGCAAAAUAUAAGAAAAACAAGGUAAAUUCCCUCAACAACCGCUUCUUCGGCAUCCAGGCUGCCAUUUUGAAUCGGAAGUAGAGGGUGGUCACAGGCGCGCAUGCGCGGAACAAUCCACGCGAGAACUUGGUUCGCCGAGAGAGUUUGAGAACGUAGCCGCGCAUGCGUAUGGCGCGCCGGAAGCCGGUAGCCCGUGCAUAAGACUCUGGGUAACCCCGCGCGUGGCCCUUUUCUGCCUCUGCGAGCGAGCGGGACGCGGGGAGGAGAGCGAAGCGCCUCCAUGUGAGUUUCUACGGAGGAGGAAAAAAGGGUGGAAACCGGAGUCUUAUUGGGGGGCAGUGAGGGGGGAAGGCUAUCAGCCGGCGCGAAGGCCAGAAAAAGGCCUCUGGGGGCCGGGAAGGGGCACGUGGGGCGGGAGGAGGGAGGCGCAGAGAAACCGAGGGCGGCGGUGAAGCCACUGGACGGGGAGGCCCCGCUUCAGAUCCCGCCUGACUGCCGAGCAGGCCACGUGGUCGCUCGUCACCCCUCGGUGCUGCUCCGCAGGGUUGUUGUGAAGGAGGGAGACGGAGGACCAGUUGCGCCUCCCUCCCUCGGCUCCUGGGGGGAGGGAAUGUGAUGAGUUUUAUUUCAGCAAUAGUCGUUUUAAGAAGGGAGGGAGGGCGAGCGAGCUUGGCUUUCUCCCCACCUGGCCUUCCUUAGCUGAUUCCUGCAUUGCUGUGGGUUGGACUAGAUGACCCUUGGGAUCCCUCCCAGCCCUACAGUUGUGCGAUAUGCUUCAGCCAGACUUGCAAGUCGUAUUUAGCCCUACCAAUUUUAUAUGAGGCCCACUUCAAGAGCCCUCUCUUUCCUUCACCACUUCACAAAAGGGAAAGUAGGCCCGAUUUUGCAGAUCUGGUCCCCACCUUUGCUUAAGAAAGAAAGAAGGAAGGGGCCAAGCCUGCAGUCAUACACUUUUGACACUUUGAGCAAAGAUAGCAUUUCAUUUCUUUUAUUUGUUGCACAAGUCAGCCUGUGUUGUCUCAGUUGCAUUGUCCCAAGGGUUUGGGGCGCCAGAUCUUCACAUUCAAAAUGAGGGUGAAAAACAGUGCCCUAACUUUCUAGGCAAGAAUACAGCAACAUUACAGGUAGCUAAGAUGAUGGCCUCUGUAAAUUGUUUCACUGCAGCUCCCAUCAGCCCCAGCCAGCAUGGCUUGUGGUCAGAAAUGAUGGGAGCUGAAGUUGAUAAACAUAUGAUGGGCACCAUGUUGGCCAAUUUUGAUGUAUUUAUUUCUUUAUUUUGGAAAUGGCUCGAGUGGUGGAUCUGAUAGUGAGCAAGGUAACCCAGCUUUGAAUGAAUGAGUAUACAGUAUUUCAAGUUCUGUACAUGACACAAACAGAUAGAGAAUCUAUUCAGUGUCUGGGUGCAUAUGAUAAAUAGUCAAUGAAUUGUAUAUGAUCUGUAUUAAAGAUGUUGAAUGUGGGAUGUAGCACACAUAAUUGAUACCUACCCAAACCUGUGCAAGAGUCUUGAAGCUUGCUCUGUGUCUUCACAAGAUUUGAUGUCCUGUGUACCAGUAAAGGGUGACAGCUCAUAUCUUUCAUGUGCAUAAAGGUGCUUGACCCUGCUAGCAAAAAAAAAUCACUUUUGUGUGGCAGCCCGUACAGGUUCAGUUUGCAUAUUCUACCUGAGCCAUUGAAGGGUAGAUUGGGCCAAUUCAAGACCUAAUAGUUAUUUAUUCCACCUCUAGAAUGACUGACUGGGAGACAGCCCCUGCUGUGGCAGAGACCCCUGAUAUCAAGCUGUUUGGGAAAUGGAGUACAGAUGAUGUGCAGAUCAGUGACAUCUCCUUGCAGGUAUGGAAUGAGGUUGUAAACAAAUUGGGCAGAGCUCUAGGACAGUGUUGUCUUCCGGCUGAGUAUGAGCUUGCAUCCCUGCUUGUUUCCUAAUACUUUUUCCUUAUGCUUCUUUAGGAUUACAUUGCAGUGAAGGAGAAAUAUGCCAAGUAUUUGCCACACAGUGCUGGGCGCUAUGCUGCCAAGCGCUUCCGGAAAGCCCAGUGUCCUAUCGUUGAGCGCCUCACUAACUCGAUGAUGAUGCAUGGACGCAACAAUGGCAAGAAGCUCAUGACUGUGCGCAUCAUCAAGCAUGCCUUCGAGAUCAUCCAUCUGCUCACAGGAGAGGUGAGUUGGACACUGGAGCAGAAAAGCUGUCUGUGGAAGCUGACAUAUUGUGAGAUGGGUUUUUGAUCCUGGAGGCUAGAGGGAGAUGAGAUGGAUGAAUGCCCACCGGAAAGAAAUAUCUGGUGUGACCUGAGGCCCAGCUAUGCACAUUGAAGCAAAAUUUUGCUAUACAGUAGUUGUGGAAAACAUUAGUUGACUAAGAAACGUGUUUUAGUCAUCUAAAGAGUAAGUGGAUGUUCUUCUACUCACUAGCAGUGUAUUUUGGGAAGGAUAGCCCAGUAUGUGUUGAUUCAAGUUUCCUCUCAACCCAUCAGACACAAAUUGUGUUGACUGAUGUGGCCCAUUAAACGCCUCCCAUUAUUUUCAAUGUGAUGCAAAGUACUGUGUUUCUCAGAAUAUGUUCAGUUCUUGGUUGAUGUAAAGGUUUUAAUCCAUUCCCUAAGGUCCAGCGAGAUACACGGAUUGCUAAAUAUGUAUGUUGCAAUCUUAUUUUCCCACUUGACAAAUUAAAAACUAUCAAAUCAAAUUGGUUCUGACUCGCAUCCACUUAAGAGUUCUUAAAGUACUCAUAAGUGAAAUUGUGGGUUUUCUAAUACAAAUAAGUGAUUUGUUCCUAAAAGCAAUCUCCAUUCUUGCAAGGUUUCCAGAACUGCCGUAGAACUACUUGGUUUGUGUUGGGUUUUUAGCAGGUGUUAAGCAGUUAGCAUUUUCACAAGUGCUUUAAUUGUAUUAUUAGACAGUUCUAGUGAAGGUUAUCACUACCAAGCCUUCUGGAUGUGGUGGGGUGAAAAUUCAGCUCCCCAAAAGUACAGAAUUGCAUAGGUUUGUAUUAACUGGGCUGUCCUGAUUUGCUAUGCAUCUUGUGUUUCCUGUAUUCUUAGUAAUGCUCUUAUAUACUAAGAGCAUUUAUGUGAAUUAACAUUUGGGCAGGUCUCCCUUUCACUUGGGAUGAAAUUUGCAGGUUUUGUCGAUGGGCUUACAGGAUUCUUCUCAGUUCCUUAAGUAUAUAUUACCUUUGUUCUCUAGCCUUUUUUGUUUGUUUGUUUUUAGUUUGGAGGAAUUAUGUCUCUCAUUGGAGGGAUUGUACCAGUGGUAACUGUAGAAUAGUUCAUAGACCAAUUUUAUUGUCUAGGAAGAUGGGAGCGCUUGUCAUUAACUUCCUGUAAGUCAUUUCUGGUGUAUGAACCUAGAAUAUCUUUUGCCAUCUUCACUUGUGUGGGCUGUGUCCAUUAUAAAGAAGAGGAAAGUGAGUCUGAAGAGAUGUGUCUUGCAUAAGUCAUGACAUUGGCUGUGGCUAGAAGCUGUACGUUACUCCGUGGAGCAGACUGUAGUUGCAGCCUUAACCUGCUUGUAUCUUUUUUACAGAACCCCCUUCAAGUCCUGGUGAACGCCAUCAUCAACAGUGGCCCUCGUGAAGACUCUACCCGUAUUGGCCGAGCUGGCACAGUGAGGAGACAAGCUGUUGAUGUGUCACCUUUGCGUCGUGUCAAUCAGGUACGGGAUUGUCCUGUAAGAGUUGUUUGACCGUGGAAUGAACUCCCUUGGCAGGUGGUGGUGGUUUUCAAGCAGAGGUUGGAUGGCCAUCUGUUGGGGUGCUUUAGUUGAGAUCCCUGCAUUGCAGGGGGUUGGACUGGGUGAUCCUCAGGGUCCCUUCCAACUCUACAAUUCUGUGAUUAAGGAAGAGCAUUUUCUCAGCUGACUCUGCAUGCCAAUGUAAUCUCUGUCUCCCCCCUGCAGGCUAUCUGGUUGCUCUGCACUGGGGCUCGUGAAGCUGCCUUCCGCAACAUAAAGACCAUAGCUGAGUGCCUAGCAGAUGAGCUGAUCAAUGCAGCUAAGGUGAGAAUCAACUAAUAGCAAGUUCCUUCAGUGGGGUUUAAGUAGCAUCCUGACAGUGGCACAGCUUUUUUACUGUUGUUAUUCUAGUGUGUGGUUAAUUAAUUUCCUGUUUUGGAAGCUUUUAAACUCCUGCUGCUUCUUAAUUUUGAAAACAUAUUUUCUAGUAGCGUUGUGUUCUUGUGUUUUAUGUUUUUAAGUUUCAUGCAAGAGCAGCGUUUUCCUGAAAGGCGGCGUAGGAAUAAGUAAAUUGUUGUCACGUGGAAAUCAGCGGCAGGGUUUUCAAAGCCAGGUGCAGGGAUGGUAAAUCGGGCUCUCAUUAUAACCCCAAAAGUGAAUUGGUUUGCGGUGAUAGUUGUCCUAAACUGCAAAAUACACAAGUGCAGCACUCCUUGAAGAUUUUAGCCGUAAGUUGCCUAAGAGAUGCCUUGUGCAACAGUAGGGACAGUUCCUGAAACUGAGACAUUGUCACAACAGCCCACAGUUGCUCUAGGUCUAGCUGUUAACAGCAUUCUCAGGCAACAUAAUCUCUGUUGUAGAAUGAUUGCUUGACACGCAACCUGGUAUUUGGCCCAAAAAGCUUACGGUGUUGUGGGACUGAAACCAUAAUCCUAAAUAGCUGAAACGGUAUCCAUUAUGUGUGUAUGCCAGUUGCUGCAACUAUUCUGUAGCAGCUCCUUCAGCUGUUCAUUGGAGGGGUGACUGUGUGAAGGUGUAUGUGACUGGAAUUGCCACCUAUUGGGAAGACGUUAUUUGAGCAGAUUGCUUCAGGCUGAGCUUGGGAUCAUGCUGCUCUGUGUCUCACGGUUGCCUCCCAUUUCUAGGGUUCCUCCAACUCUUAUGCCAUCAAGAAGAAGGAUGAGUUGGAGCGUGUGGCCAAGUCCAACCGUUAA